GACAACAGCAAAUUCUGCAAAGAUCCAAUUCUGAUCCAACAAACAACACAACCUCCCUCCUACUUUCUGCCUCGGUACACACUUCCAUCUGCUUGUAAGGGCUCGCGCGCACAAAAUCAUAAACACAAAUCCCAUCCUCGACUGUCAACCCAGGCACAUUCGUCCAAAAAGGCCCCAGCCAGAAGCCGCCCCAGCCCAGGUCGCAGGUCCGAAACAAAACCGACCCCAAAGCCAGAAAAAAGUCCGCUUUUGGACCGCUCGGCCUGGCCCCCCUGCUCCGCUCCUGAUCGUCCUGUCGCGCACACAGCCCACUUUGGCACUCGAGACGACUCGAGAGCGCGCGGGCUUUGAUACAAGAGUCUUCUGCCCGUCAUCCUCUUUGCUUCUUCCAUCGCAAUAGACUCAAGAUCGAUUGACAGCGCCUCGCCGUCGCAACACCCCGCCGCGGCCUGACCGAUACUCGUGACCCUCGACGACCCGCAGUCGCCCCCAACAACAAGCAACCCGCCACCAUCGCUGCUCCAACAACAAACGCGCCCGGCAUCGGCUCCGCUGCCCAUCCAAGUUUUUUGCGCAAACCCAACCCGAACGCCUCGCCAUCGCCCGCCCUUGGUGUCGAGCCAGGACGAUCCCCGGCACCCACGCCAAUCAAAAGACCAAGGCUCACUUGCAUACCUACCCAUCAGCCUGCCUGCUCGCUCGGCACAUUCAGGUAGCUUACCUCGCCCGCCUACGCUUAGUAGACAGAGGGACAACACAUCGCCCGCCGGCUGGCUCCUCGGCUCUCUCGCGCCCGACUUUUGCGCCCCAGUCUAGACACGCACACAUAAUUAUCACCUGUUCGUCUCUUUUGGCCGCAUUCCUGCCUGCGGUCACCCAUCACAAUGGUUUCCUUUUCGUGCGAGAACUGCGGUGAUGUUAUGACCAAGAAGAAGCUCGAUCCGCACCGUAAUCGCUGCCACGGAGCCACCUUCACCUGCAUCGAUUGCAUGACACACUUUUACGGCGUUGAUUAUCGCAACCACACGAGCUGCAUUUCGGAGGACCAGAAAUACCAGGGCGCACUCUACAAGCCCAAGAAGGGAAAACAGACGCAACAUCAAGAACCUGUUGAACAGUACCAGACACCCGCUGGAGACGACCGCAGUAGAACCAUGGCCCACAUCGCAUACGUCGAGGAUGCCCCAGAGGACUACGACGAGUACGACUUCAACGAUGACGAGGACGAUGUUCGGCCCAGGAGCGGCCCGAUGCCCCACGCGCCCACGCCUCCGUCGGGUGCGGACCAGCACGUGAACGUCUUUGACUUUCUUGUCGCCAACCCGACCCCGAAACCCUCCAACUCGGACCUGAGGGCUGAAGCGUUGGCUUCGGCCAGCGAGGACGAGAAACCGGACGAAGGCAACCAGCUGGUACGCUUCCAGUAUGAUACAGUCGAAUCGAUAGAGAAGAGCCAGGAGGCGGUCGACGAGAAGCGCGGGCUUGUACAGUACGGAGCCGACUCCCCAGUGCUGUCAGCCAACCUCCAGACGCCAGCCCCCAGGGUGGAAAAGAAGAAGAGCAGAGACAGCGAUAAGAAGGACAAGAAACGCAAGCGCCUUCACCUCGAUAUCCAUGACUCGGUUAUGACGGACGCGCCCCCGAUCCUGCACUCGGGCCUUACCGGUGGCCUCAAGGGUAUGAUGCGCGGCCCUUCGGUCUUUCCUCCCUCGCCCGAAUAUUCUGCCGACGCGGCCGAGACGCCCGCCAGCCCGCUCAAGAAGACUCGGCACUCUAAACACUCCAGCUCGGGGACAGGCCACCGGGUCACGUCGAUUGGCUCGAUUGGCAACAACCUGAUGUCAAUGCUCACGGGCCCUUCCAAGCCCAAGACCACCAAGAAGAGGAAGCACGGGUCCCCUGGGGCCAAGAAGUCUUCCAAGUCCAAGCACAAACAUGAGCACGAUCACCACCACCAUCAUCAUCACAAGUCAUCAGACAGCGAAAAAGUUGAAAAGGUCGAAAAGGUCGAGAAGGUCGAGAAGACCCACAAGGCCAAGAAGAUGAUCGAGUACCGGCCGGGAUCCAAGGACAGCAAGGACGGCGACAAGAGCAAGGACAAGAACCAGUCCGUGGUGGUGUACGGCAAGCACGCGCAGCCGGCCGACAUCCUGCUGAACCUGGUCAACAAGGGGCCUGACAGCGAGCGCGGCUGUAGUAUGAACAAGGCCCUGAAGCGGUUCCACCGGGAGCUGAGCUCGUCGGGCAGCAGCACUGGCAAGCUCAUGGACGAGAAAGAGCUGUGGCGGUCAUUGCGCCUGCGCAAGAACGACCGCGGCGAGGUGGUCCUGUUCUGUCCGUGAUGUUCUUGCCUGAUCAAGAGCGGAUAAAGUGACUUGCCGCCCCUUUCCCUCUCUUUUUUUUCUUGUUUCUUUUUUACUCUUCUUUAAUACCCUUUCUUAUUUCCUAUCAUGUUUUUGUUUUGGCGUGUACCAAAACCCCCCGCGGCGUUUCAAGGAGUUGCAAGCCUGACUUUUUGGUUAUAUCUGGUGGAUUCAUGAUACCUUGCAUGUGCUGAGAAAAGACGGACAAAGUCGCUCGCACCGGAGAGUGGAUGGCUGGGGGAAGGGAUUGGGAGGCUGGGAUGUAUGGUAAUGGAAAAGAGUUCUUCUUUUUUUUCUUCUUUCUCCUUGUUGUUCAAUGCCCACGGUUUAACACGCGUGGAGCUUGUUUGGGCUCGCAAGGGGGUUCCGGGGUUGUGGUCCCCGAGAGAGCGAGAGAUCUUGGGCGCAGUCGAGGAGGAGCAGGUUGUUCUCGUGGUCGUUUCGUCAGAGGUCGCGGUUGACCUGGUCACGGCGUGCUUGGGAUGGCGCAUCAUAUUUGAUGACAGCUGGGCUGCCACCGACUUCUUAUUAAUUGCUGUACAACUGACUGUUUGACCUUGGCCGACAUCUUUUCUUCUUUGAGUGUUUUAUUUCCUCCAAAGUCUUUUCGUUUAAUCCAUCUUUGUUUGCCUACACGAGCGUCUGAUUCAUACGUUCAAGCUAGCAUUCGUUGAAAAUCAAAAAUCAAAGUCCUCAAAAAUAUUAAUGGG